GUCUGAGAGGCCUUGAAAUAAAAAUGGCUGUGGAAGGGAAGAACAAACGGAAGAAAAAGAAAAGUGCCGAGCAGGGAAAGAACCCAGACGACGGUGUUCGCGGGAAUCUGACCGGAGACUAUCUGGUUGGACAAGUCGCCAAUAGUUUAUUCCACGACAAGCUCUCCAGAGGCAGCACAGGUCGGCUGGCGUCCCUCUUCAGCUCUUUUGAGCCUCAUGUUCAACCCGUGUACGUGCCCGUGCCUAAAGAAACCGCCAGAAAAAGGAAACGUGAUGAGGAGGAGGAAAGUACAUCCCAGAUUCAAAGACCACUUUUGCAAGAACCUGCAAAAAAAAUGAAAGUGAAGAAGAAACACUCUGAUGCAGACAAAAAGUUGGCAAACAGGGAAAGUGCUCUAGCGAGUGCUGAUUUAGAAGAAGAAAUUUACCAGAAACAAGGGCAGAAAGGGAAAAAUUCUCAAUCUGGUGUUAAAGUCGCAGAUAGAAAAGUACUUGACGAUGUAGAUGACACAGUUGUAAAUCAAAGAAAGAAAAUUCAGAUCAACCAAGAAGAAGAGAGAUUAAAGAAUGAGAGAACUGUGUUUGUUGGCAAUUUGCCUGUGACAUGUAAUAAGAAGAAGCUGAAGUCAUUUUUUAAAGAGUAUGGACAAAUAGAAUCUGUACGAUUUCGUUCUCUGGUAUGUUUUCUCUCCCCUUACAAAUGCAUAAUAUUAAAAUGUAUUGCAUUUACAACAAAGCGUAAAAUUCAUCCUGAUCAGAAAAAUAUUAAUGCCUAUGUUGUGUUUAAGGACAAGAGUGCUGCUACAAAAGCAUUGAAAAGAAAUGGGACUCAAAUUGCAGAUGGAUUUCGUAUUAGGGUUGAUCUUGCAUCUGAGACUUCAUCUAGGGACAAGAGAUCAGUAUUUGUGGGGAAUCUCCCUUACAAAGUUGAAGAAUCUGUCGUUGAGAAACACUUUUUGGACUGUGGGAGUAUCGUGGCAGUGAGGAUUGUGAGAGACCAAGCUACAGGAGUUGGCAAAGGGUUUGGCUACAUACUCUUUGAGAAUACAGAUGCUGUUCAUCUUGCUCUGAAAUUAAAUAACUCUGAACUAAUGGGAAGAAAACUCAGAGUCAUGCGUUCUGUUAAUAAAGAAAAAUUAAAACAACAGAGUUCAAAUCCAGGUUUGAAGAAUGUCAGUAAACUUAAGCAGGGACUUCAUUUUGCUUCCAAAAAUGCAGAAGGACAUUCUAAGAGUUUAUUUAUUGGCGAAAAAGCUGUUCUCAUUAAAAAGAAGAAGAAAGGACAAAAGAAAAGCGGACAAACUAAGAAACAGAGAAAACUGAAAUAGUGAUUAGAAGCUGCUUUUGACUCCCCCCAACUAAGUAGUUAGUAAAAGUGGUAUUAUCUGCUAAUA